AUGGCAGUCUGGGCUGCCAAAAGCCUUGGCAGGGUAGCUGUCAGUUGCUUGCGGGGUCGAGGCCCCAGGAUCCUGACAGCUUCUCCGCGGAUCCUCUCGCCCCAUCAGUAUGAGUCCCCGAGCGUUUGCCCCGCUCUGGGCAGGACGCUUCACCUCACAGCGGCCGUCCUCGCAGGGCACAACAAGUGGUCCAAAGUCCGGCAUAUUAAGGGUCCCAAGGACACCGAAAGGAGUCGCGUCUUCUCCAAGCUCUCACUGAGCAUUCGCUUGGCAGUUAAAGAGGGAGGUCCCAACCCUGAGCACAACAGCACCCUAGCCAACAUCUUGGAAGUGUGUCGAAGCAAGCAUAUGCCCAAGUCAACGAUUGAGGCAGCACUGAAAACGGAGAAAACCAAGGAUGUUCACUUGCUGUACGAAGGUCGGGGUCCUGGUGGCUCUUCUCUCCUCAUUGAAGCGUUAUCCAACAGUGGCUCCAAGUGCCACUCAGACAUCAAACAUAUCCUGAACAAGAAUGGAGGGAUGAUUGCAGAAGGAGCUCGUCACUCCUUUGACAAAAAGGGAGUGAUUGUGACUGGUGUGGAGGACAGAGAGAAGAAAGCUGUGAACCUAGAGCGAGCCCUGGAGCUGGCAAUCGAAGCAGGAGUUGAGGAUGUAAUUGAAACUGAAGACGAAGAGGAAAGGAACCUUUUUAAAUUUAUCUGUGAUGUCUCUUCACUGCAUCAAAUAAGGAAGAAGCUGGACUCCCUGGGCUUGUGUUCCUUGUCCUGUACACUAGAGUACAUCCCCAACACCAAGGUGCGGCUGGCUGACCGAGAACUGGAGCAGGCUGCCCAUCUCAUCCAGGCUCUCAGCCGCCAUAACGACGUGAUCCACGUGUAUGACAACAUCGAGUAG